CCGUGUUUGGAAGUAAAAAAGAUGUAUUUUUCAGAGACCUAAAAGUAGCUUAUGAUCAAUUCCAAAUAGCAAGCAAGAAAAAUCUUUUCAACGUCGUUCUUAAACAAAUAGCUGAUAAUAGAGGCAUAAAAGCUUUUUUUUCUGAACCUAAUUGGGAGCCUUUAGAGUUAGAGUAUCACAAAAAAUUAUCCGCUAAAGAGACGUUUUAUUGCCAGCUUCCCCAUUUCGAGCAUGAAGAUGAUGCUGGAAAGUUCACCGAGUUUUCAAACUCAAUUUUGGAUUUCUUGAACAAAGAAAUCGCUUACAAACAAUCCUUUAUGGGCGAAGAGAUUCCUCUAAUUUCAUAUCUAGAUUCUCUGACGUUUCGGGUCACUCCAAUGCUAGAAAAAUUUACUUCAUCCGAUGUAGAUAAAAUGGGCUUUCUUUACACAUUUUCGAGAAAAAUACUGUGUUUAUUGGAAUAUCAUAAUUAUGAUCCUUUUAUCUACCAAAAGGCUCUCAUUUUAGUUCAGAUUUUCCAAACUUACAAACAAAUAUACACCCGCUAUUUAAAGUGCUUACUGGACAACAAUGAGAAUAAUUUUAAGUUUAUUAAUGAUUUGCUUUUUCAAAAGCUAUCACCCUCUUUUUUAUAU